ACCGUCAAUGACGUUUGCCUUAAAAAUAAAAAGAAGGGUUGAAUGAAAAUUUUAUCAAUUUAUGCUUAAAAUAAUCCUUGUAUUGCAUCAAAUAACCAAGAAAAGAAACAAACAUUCAAUUAAAAAUGAAUGUUAUAACAGCAGUAAAGUUAUAUGUAGAAAAAAUGACUAAUGAAUCAGGACCCGGUAUGAAAAUUAUCCUUUUGGACAAGGAAACUACAAGUAUUAUAUCCAUGGCAUUUAGCCAGUCCGAUAUGCUCCAAAGAGAAGUAUACCUCUUUGAACGACUGGAUUCUGGUAGGUCAAAUGAGCGACUCAAGCAUUUAAAGUGUAUCGUCUUUGUACGUCCAACCAAACAGAACAUUGCAUUAUUAGCAGAUGAAUUAAGAAAUCCAAAAUAUGGUUCAUAUUAUAUUUAUUUUAGCAAUAUCAUUCCAAGAACAGACAUCAAAAUACUUGCAGAAUGCGAUGAAAGUGAAUCUGUUCGCGAAGUUAAAGAAAUUUACGCCGACUAUCUCUGCGUGAAUCCGAAUCUGUUUUCCUUUAACAUUCCAACAUGCCUGAAUCGUCUAACAUGGCAGCCAGAAGCUUUGAGUCGGAGUGUUCAGGGAAUCACUUCUUUGCUUCUGUCAUUAAAGAUGAAUCCGGUUAUCCGCUACCGAGCGAAUAGUAUUCCUGCACAGACUCUUGCCAAACAAAUUUUCGAACAAACUACUAAGGAAUCAUCUUUGUUUGAUUUUCGAACCUAUGAAAAUGGAGCACCACCACCAUUGCUCUUGAUUCUAGAUCGUAUGGAUGACCCAGUAACGCCACUCUUACAUCAAUGGACAUACCAAGCUAUGGUGCAUGAACUUUUGAACAUUAAAAACAACCGAGUCGAUCUAUCAGGCACUCCUCAAAUACCGAAGGAUUUCAAGGAAGUUGUUCUUUCUGGUGAUCAGGAUGAGUUCUAUGCCAAAAAUAUGUACGCAAACUAUGGAGAGAUUGGUUCCACCAUCAAGAGUCUAAUGGAAGAAUUUCAAAAAAAGGCGAAGGAUCAAAAAAAGGUCGAAAGCAUUUCAGACAUGAAAAACUUCAUUGAAACAUAUCCACAAUUUAAGAAAAUGUCUGGAACUGUUACAAAGCAUCUUUGUGUUAUGGGUGAACUUUCAAAUCUAUGUACAAAACGUAGUUUGUUCGAACUAUCCGAGCUUGAACAAGAAGUUGCUUGCAAAGCAGAACACUCGGCACAGCUCCAAAGAAUAAAAAAAAUUAUCGCUGAUGAAAGAAUUGAAAUACACGAUGCUUUAAAAUUGGUUGCCUUGUAUGCCCUACGCUAUGAACGUCAUGCUAAUUGCGAUACCUGUGGUCUAUUGCAAAUAAUUAAAAAUCGUGGCGGCCGAACUUCAUUAAUACCAAGUCUAAUUGAGUAUGCUGGCCAACACGCCCGGCAGGGAGAACUUUUUAAUUUAGUUCGCAUUACUGCUGUAAAGCUCACCAGGAACCUAAUAAAGGGUCUUAAAGGUGUUGAAAAUGUUUUCACACAACACACCUGCCUUCUUAAAGAAACUCUGGAGGAUCUCUUUAAGGGCCGUGAUGUCGAUCCCCUUUAUCCAGCUAUUAAUUCUGAACUAGUGCCAUUCCGAAGACCACCGCAGGAGGUGGUUGUAUUUAUUGUAGGUGGAGUCACUUACGAAGAAGCACUAACUGUGCAUCAUUUAAAUAAUUCCGGAUACAAAGUUAUUCUUGGUGGCACAACAAUUCAUAAUUCAACAAGUUUCAUGGAAGAAGUAGUUGCCGCAACUCAGGGAGUGCAAUUUAAACACACAAAAUCAAUGCUAAAAUUUUGUGCAAGCGAAAAUUUUUAAAUAAUUUAUAAAAUACAAACGUAGCUAGAAGUAUCAUUAUGUAACUAAUAUUAUGACUAAUAAUAUAUUUUAUUAAUUAAAUAAAUAUACAUUUGAUUUAUCGUCGUCAUUAACCUGUA